UUAUCCAUGUGACAGAUGGUGUCGCUGUAUUACGCUCUGCCUAAAGAAAAGGAGAGUGACUGUCAGAAGUUUAACAUGUCUGUGCAGCUCAUCCCAGAGAAAAUGAAUGAGGAAGAGAAGAUAUACAAGCUGAAAAUAGAUGUUUUGUAUAAGGACAAGGACACCGAUGCAUCCAUGUCAAUCUUGGAUAUUUUCUUGCUAACUGGCUUCACUGUUAACACAAAUGACCUGGACCUAUUGAACAAAGGACGUGCUCGCACCAUUGCGAAAUAUGAGAUGAACACAGUCCUGUCCGAAAGAGGCUCACUCAUCAUCUACCUGGACAAGGUUUCUCACACACGACCUGAGGAGAUCAGUUUUAGGGUCCAUCAGACGAUGAAAGUGGGCGUCCUUCAACCAGCUACUGUGUCUGUCUAUGAAUACUAUGACCAAACAAAUUGUGUGAAAUUCUACCAUCCAGAGAGGAAAGAUGGACAACUAACACGGCUCUGUAGAAAUGAAGAAUGCACAUGUGCUGAAGAGAACUGCAGUAUGCAGAAGAAGGACAAAGUCACCAACGAUCAGCGCACAGCUAAGGUCUGUGAGACUGAGGUGAACAAUAAAAUAGAUUUUGUGUACAAAGUGAGACUGGAAGAGUUUACAGAAGGUUUGCCUAUGGAUGUUUACACAGUGCGGGUAUUGGAAGUCAUCAAAGAAGGAAACUCCGACGUGGGUCCUCUGAAUAAACAGCGCAUAUUCCUCAGUCCUCCGCACUGCAGGGAGCCUUUAGAUCUGAGAACAGACAAUACAUACCUUAUCAUGGGCGCAUCCAAAGAUAUUCACAGAGAUGACCAAGACCAGUCGUAUCAGUAUAUACUCAGAGAGAGGACCUGGAUUGAGUAUUGGCCCACAGAUGCAGAGUGUCAAACUGAUGAACACAGACCUACCUGUUUGGGCAUGGAGGAGAUGGUCCAGCAGUACCAACAAAUCAAUAUUAGUUGCAAGGUGUUGUCUGCCCCCAACUUGCUGCGUGUAGGAACAGCAGAAAAUAUCUUUGUUGAGUGUCAAGACUGCUCUGGAGCAGACAUCAAUGUGAACAUCAACGUGAUGAACCAUCCAACCAAAACCAAAAAGCUGGCAACCAUAUCUGUGACGCUUAACGAUGAAAAUCAAUUUCAGCAGCUUGGGAAAAUAACGAUCCCUGCUGGAGACUUCAGUAAGGAUGCCAGCAUGAAGCAGUAUGUGUACCUGCAAGCUGAGUUUCCUGACCGACUGCUGGAGAAAGUGGUCUUAGUGUCCUUUCAGUCCGGGUACAUCUUCAUACAGACUGAUAAGACCCUCUACACCCCCAACAGCAAAGUUCAUUACAGGAUGUUUGCAGUGACGCCUCGUAUGGAGCCGGUAGAGAGGAAUGAUGACAUCCAAACUGAUGCUUCUAUUUCCAUCGAGAUUGUGACCCCUGAAAACAUCAUUUUACCACUUGAUCCAGUAUCUUUGGAAGCAGGGAUGCACUCUGGAGAUUUCCAACUUGCUGAAAUUGUCAGUCCCGGACUGUGGAAGGUGGUGACAAAGUUCCAAAGCAACCCACAGCAGAGCUAUUCUGCAGAGUUCGAGGUCAAAGAAUACGUGCUGCCCAGUUUUGAGGUCAAACUGACACCUAGGAGUUCCUUCUACGUGGACAGUGAAGAGUUCACCGUCGACAUCAGAGCUGUGUAUCUGUUUGGUCAAGAGGUGGAUGGGACCGCCUAUGUGGUAUUUGGGGUUAUGCAAGAUGGUCAAAAGAAAAGCUUCCCGAGCUCUCUUCAGAGAGUGCAGAUUGACAGAGGUACUGGAAAGGUCACACUGAAGAGAGAACACAUCACGAAGUCUUACCCGAACAUCGAUGAACUGGAGGGGACCUCCAUAUUUGUAGCUGUCAGUGUGCUGACGGACAGCGGUAGUGAAAUGGUGGAGGCAGAGUUGAGAAACAUCCAGAUAGUCAAAUCACCUUACACCAUCCACUUCAGGAAAACACCCAAAUACUUCAAACCAGGAAUGUCCUUCGAUGUUGCGGUUGAAGUUACGAAUCCUGACGACAGUCCGGCACAAGGCUUGAGAGUGGUGGUGGAUCCAGGCCCGGUGAAAGGCGUCACUGCAGCCAAUGGCCUGGCAAGGCUUACCAUCAAUACAUUUACAUGGAACACAAGUUUGCAAAUCACUGCAAGGACCAAGAAUCCUGAUAUCAGCGAUGAAAGACAGGCAUCAGCCACCAUGGUAGCUCUCCCAUAUACAACAAAAAGCAAUAACUACAUCCACAUAGGUGUGGAUACAGCUGAGCUGGAACUAGGAGACAACCUGAAAAUCAACCUUCUUCUCAACCGGCAGGAAAGUAGUAACAGUGACAUCACAUACCUGAUCUUGAGCAGAGGUCAGAUAGUGAGCAAUGACCGUCACCGGGUAAGCGGUCAUGUUCUGAUUUCCCUGAACGUUCCCAUUACCAAAGAAAUGCUGCCAUCGUUCCGCAUCAUAGCCUACUACCACACAAACGGCAAUGAAGUGGUGUCAGACUCUGUUUGGGUGGACGUCAAGGACUCCUGCAUGGGCUCGCUGAGGCUUGAAUCAUCAAGUUCCAAGACGUCCUAUGAGCCCCACAAGAUGUUUGGUCUGAAGGUCACAGGAGAUCCAGAGGCCACGGUGGGACUGGUGGCCGUUGACAAAGGCGUCUACGUCCUAAACAACAAGCACCGUCUCACCCAGAAAAAGGUGUGGGACAUCGUAGAGAAGCACGACACAGGCUGCACACCAGGUGGAGGGAAGGACAGUAUGAGUGUGUUUUACGAUGCUGGGCUGCUGUUUGAGUCCAGCACGGCUUCUGGGACUCCCUACAGACAAGAAUUGAAAUGUCCGGCCCUCAGCAGGAGGAAACGAGACGUUACUAUCAUGGACGUCACGACCAGCUUAUUGAGUCAAUAUAAAGAACAGCUGCAGCGUGACUGUUGUUUGGAUGCCAUGAGGGAAACCCUCCUCUCAUACACGUGUGAGAGGCGCAGCGAGUACAUCAGUGACGGUGAAGCUUGUGUCACGGCGUUCCUGCACUGCUGCAAGGAGAUGGAAACCCAGCGAGCUGACAGGAAGGAGGAUAGCCUCCGACUGGCUCGCAGUGAGGAGGAUGACAACAGUUACAUGGACAGCAAUGAAAUUGUUUCUCGCACCAAGUUCCCUGAGAGUUGGCUGUGGUCCGACAUCAAACUACCUGCUUGUCCUCCACAAACACCUAACUGUGACACGACAACGUACGAAAAUGUUCCUUUGCAAGACUCGAUCACAACCUGGCAGUUCACUGGAAUUAGUCUGUCAAAAACUCACGGAAUCUGUGUUGGCGAGCCAUUAGAGGUAAUCGUCCGGAAGGAAUUCUUCAUUGAUCUUAAGCUGCCGUACUCUGCUGUCCGUGGAGAGCAGCUGGAAGUUAAGGCCAUCCUCCACAACUACAGCCCCGAUGAAGCCACCGUGCGCGUGGAUCUGAUCGAGGAAGAGCAUGUGUGCAGUUCAGCCUCUAAACGUGGGAAGUAUCGUCAGGAGGUCAAAAUUGGGCCUCAAACUACACGAUCCGUGCCAUUCGUUAUUAUUCCCAUGAAAGAAGGACAACUCCGCAUUGAGGUCAAAGCAGCUGUGAGAGAUUCGUCGCUCAAUGAUGGAAUCAUGAAGAUGCUGCGGGUGGUGCCUGCAGGUGUACUCGUCAAAUCUCCUCAGAUUAUAAUUCUUGACCCCUCGAAUAAAGGUGAAGACGGUAAACAAGAAGAAACUCUCAACAGUGGAAUUCCUAAGAAAGAUUUGGUUCCAGACACACCUACUAGCACACAGAUCUCUGUGACAGGGAGAGAACAAGUUUCCACACUGGUGGAGAACGCCGUUAGUGGAAACUCUAUGGGUAGUCUGAUCAAACAGCCCGGGGGCUGUGGAGAGCAGAACAUGAUAGUCAUGACCCUACCGGUCAUUGCAGCAACUUAUUUGGACAAAACCAACCAGUGGGAAACUGUGGGCUUUCAGAAACGUGAUGAAGCCCUCACACACAUCAAGACCGGCUACCGGAACCAGCUCGCUUUCCGUAAAGGUGAUGGGUCUUUUGCUGUGUGGGCCCACUACGCAAGUAGCACCUGGCUGACAGCCUAUGUUGCCAAGGUGUUCGCCAUGGCCAACAGUCUGGUGGUGGUGCAAAGAAAUGACAUCUGUAAAGCUAUUAAGUUUCUGAUUCUCAGAACACAGAAACCUGAUGGCGAGUUUACAGAAGUUGGAAAAUUGAUCCACGGAGAGAUGAAUGGUGAUGUUCGCGGCGCAGAUUCAGAUGCCUCCAUGACGGCCUUCUGCCUCAUUGCCAUGCAGGAGUCACGCACACUAUGUGCCGCCACUGUUAAUAGUCUGCCAGGGAGUAUAGACAAAGCAGUGGCCUAUCUGGAAAGGCGUCUGCCCAGCCUAGUCAACCCAUAUGCUGUUGCCAUGACGUCAUAUGCCCUGGCCAAUGAAGACAAACUGAACCGGGAGAUCCUCUACAAGUUUGUUUCCCCAGAGUUUACCCACUGGCACACACCUAGAGGACACGUUUACACUCUGGAGGCCACAGCUUAUGCUCUUCUUGCUCUGGUCAAGGCCAAGCUCUUUGAAGAUGCCGCACCUGUUGUGAGAUGGUUCAACAAGCAGCAGAAGGUGGGCGGAGGCUAUGGAUCAACUCAGGCUACCAUAAUAGUGUACCAGGCAAUAGCAGAGUACUGGACCAAUGCUAAAGAACCAGAGUAUGAUCUGAAUGUGGACAUCCUGUUGCCGGGCAGGUCAAGGCCUGACAAGUACAACUUCAACAAGGCCAACCACUACGCCACCAGAACAUCUAAAAUCAAUGAUAUUAACCAGAAUGUGAAGGUGACAGCCACCGGCUCAGGAGAAGCAACGUUGACAAUGGUGUCGCUGUAUUACGCUCUGCCUAAAGAAAAGGAGAGUGACUGUCAGAAGUUUAACAUGUCUGUGCAGCUCAUCCCAGAGAAAAUGGAUGAGGAAGAGAAGAUAUACAAGCUGAAAAUAGAUGUUUUGUAUAAGGACAAGGACACCGAUGCAUCCAUGUCAAUCUUGGAUAUUGGCUUGCUAACUGGCUUCACUGUUAACACAAAUGACCUGGACCUAUUGAACAAAGGACGUGCUCGCACCAUUGCGAAAUAUGAGAUGAACAAAGUCCUGUCCGAAAGAGGUUCACUCAUCAUCUACCUGGACAAGGUUUCUCACACACGACCUGAUGAGAUCACUUUUAGGGUCCAUCAGACGAUGAAAGUGGGCGUCCUUCAACCAGCUACUGUGUCUGUCUAUGAAUACUAUGACCAAACACAUUGUGUGAAAUUCUACCAUCCAGAGAGGAAAGCUGGACAACUAAUGCGGCUCUGUAGAAAUGAAGAAUGCACAUGUGCUGAAGAGAACUGCAGUAUGCAGAAGAAGGACAAAGUCACCAAUGAUCAGCGCACAGCUAAGGUCUGUGAGACUGAGGUGAACAAUAAAAUAGAUUUUGUGUACAAAGUGAGACUGGAAGAGUUUACAGAAGAUUUGUCCACAGAUGUUUACACAGUGCGGGUAUUGGAAGUCAUCAAAGAAGGAAACUCCGACGUGGGUCCUCUGAAUAAACUGCGCAUAUUCCUCAGUCCUCCGCACUGCAGGGAGCCUUUAGAUCUGAGAACAGGCAAUACCUACCUUAUCAUGGGCGCAUCCAAAGAUAUUCACAGAGAUGACCAAGACCAGUCGUAUCAGUAUAUACUCGGACAGAGAACCUGGAUUGAGUAUUGGCCCACAGAUGCAGAGUGUCAAAUUGAUGAACACAGACCUACCUGUUUGGGCAUGGAGGAGAUGGUCCAGCAGUACCAACUCUUUGGAUGUCAGCAGUAGUGAAACUGAAGGAAAUAAAGUGUUCUUUUUAAUUGUUUGAAUUUUUUUAUGUAAAACUUUCCCUGCUAUGGGUUAUAAGGGCCGACAAUAUUUCACUGUAUUGAUUAAAAUCUAAUGGUUUUAAA